AGUCUACCUCCCCGGACGAUCUUAAGGGCUUACACAAUUCGGCCCCGUGAGUCCGAAAUUUUACCUUUGCGAGGACUCCAAACAAAACUUGGACAUAUCAUCGCUUUCUUCUGGACAACGGCAGUUUUGGAAAUCAAUUACCUCUGCGUCGCAGACGACCACUAGCCUCUCUUUCUUCUGCUGGACUACGGCCGGCCGUUUGGGAAAUCACUUUCCAUUCUGUCGUAGACGACUACCAUAGUUAUAAAUACCCAAUCAUCGUCUUUCUCGUAUUGUUAUCUAUUGGGAGGGAAAGAGAUUAAGUGAAUACACAAAGAUGUACCACAAUCUUUUAUUUCUUUUGUUCAUUAUUCACCUCCCCAUUCUCGCCUUCUGCUCAGAACGCCAGGUUUACAUAGUGUAUCUCGGAGAGCACAAUGGAGGCAAAUCAAAGCAUGAAAUAGAAGACCACCACCUCUCGCACUUAUCAUCAAUCAAAGCCAUUGAUGUCGAAGAAGCAAGGUCUUCUCUUCUUUACAGCUACAAGAACAGCUUCAAUGGCUACGCCGCUGUUCUUACUCCUGACGAGGCAUCCAGGCUAUCCGAGCUCGACGAAGUGGUAUCGGUUAUCCGGAGCGAUCCGAAGAAGUACUCUAUGCACACCACAAGGUCAUGGGAAUUCUUGGGCUUGGAAGAAGGGAAAGGACCUUGGACCCCUACAAAGAUGAGAGGAGGCCUGUUGGAGAAGGCCAAAUAUGGAAGGGGAAUCAUUGUUGGGGUUAUGGAUAGUGGUGUGUGGCCAGAAUCGAUGAGCUUUAGCGAUAAAGGAAUGAGGCCCAUUCCAAAAUCAUGGAGAGGAAUCUGCCAAACUGGACAAGAGUUUGACUCGUCCCACUGCAACAGGAAGCUUAUCGGAGCUCGGUACUAUCUCAAGGGCUAUGAGAACAACUUCGGCCCUCUUAACACCACACUGGACUACCGAUCACCACGCGACAAGGAUGGCCACGGGACUCACACGGCAUCCACCGUCGGAGGCCAGAGGGUGGCUAACGUCUCCGCCCUCGGCGGCUUCGCCCGCGGCACUGCGUUGGGCGGCGCGCCGCUCGUCCACCUGGCCAUCUAUAAAGCGUGUUGGGCGAUCCCCAACGUAUCUAAAGUGGAAGGCAACACGUGCUUCGAGGAGGACAUGUUGGCUGCCAUGGACGAUGCCAUCGGUGACGGCGUCGAUGUAAUAAGCAUCUCCAUUGGCACGAGUCGGCCCUUGCCAUACGCCCAAGACAGCAUAGCCUUAGGGGCAUUUCACGCGGCCAAAAGCAACAUUGUGGUGGCGUGCUCCGCCGGGAACAAAGGGCCUGCUCCAGGGACCCUAUCGAACCCGGCUCCAUGGAUCAUCACCGUCGGUGCCAGCACCAUUGACCGAACUUUUGUCGCACCCGUGGAGCUCGGAAACGGGACAUUGAUUGAGGGACAAACAAUCACUCAAUAUAAUUCCAACAAGAUGUAUCCACUAAUUUAUGCUGGAGAUGCAGUAGCCUCAAAUGUAUCCCAGGACGUCUCAGGUCAAUGCCUCCCAAAUUCCCUUAAUCCAAAGAAGGUAAGUGGGAAGAUAGUGUUGUGCAUUAGAGGAAACGGGACGAGAGUUGGCAAAGGCAUGGAAGUAAAGAGAGCUGGUGGUGCUGGCUUCGUACUGGGUAAUGGCCCGGCCAACGGAGGGGAGCUGACGUGCGACCCCCACGUUCUUCCGGCGACUGCCGUGACUCAUGACGAUGCCACUCGGAUCUAUGACUACAUCCGAUCUACCAAGAGUCCGAUGGCGAGAAUAGUACCAGCAAGAACGGUCAUGUAUGCUAAGCCCGCUCCUGUCAUGGCCGCAUUCACGAGUCGAGGUCCGAAUGUCAUCGACCCCAAUAUUCUCAAGCCUGAUAUCACGGCCCCGGGAGUGAAUAUAUUGGCGGCGUGGAGCGAGGCAGAUUCGCCGACAAAGUUGGAAAGCGAUCCUCGAAUCGUGCAGUACAACUUCGAAUCGGGGACUUCGAUGGCCUGCCCUCAUGUGGCUGCUGCAGCCGCUCUCCUCAAAGCCAUCCAUCCAAAAUGGAGCAGUGCAGCUAUAAGAUCUGCCCUUAUGACUACAGCUUCUCAAUUGGACAACACGGGCAAGCCGAUAACUGAUGCAGCAGGCACUCUUGCAACUCCCUUCGCGUCAGGAGCCGGCCACUUGAUGCCGCAAAGAGCGGCGGACCCUGGCCUCGUCUACGAUGCGUCGUAUUCAGACUAUGCCGCAUAUCUAUGCAACCUCGGUAUCAAGGACCCAAGCUUCCAGUGCCCGAGCGAGCGGAUCAUCUCAAGCAAUCUCAAUUAUCCAUCUCUCCAAAUCAGUAGACUCAAUGGGACUAUCACAGUGACGAGAACCGUCACAAAUGUAGGGGGAAAACACAACAGUUGUUACUUCUCACAUGUCAAACCGCCGAUGGGGUUCUCGGUGACGAUCCGGCCAAGUUUGCUGGUCUUCGAUCGCAUCGGCCAAAAGAGAAGCUUCACCAUUACAGUCAAAGUGAGAGAUAGCAUGGUGAAGAGUAUUCUUGGAGAUGACUAUGCCUUUGGAUUGUAUGGAUGGAAUGAUGGGAUUCACAACGUGAAUAGUCCCAUGGCAAUAUCUUUAGCAUAAGCUUUCUUAUAAAAAAAGAAGGAGAGUAAAUUGGCCACAUUUUGUUUUAUGCUUGCAA